AUGGGAAUCCCAGGGCUCUGGGCCGAGCUGGCUCCCGCAGCCCAGACGACAACGCUGCCUUCGUACUGCCUCACAACCUUCGUCGAGAACCGCACCGAGCUUCGAGCCCUGCGACUGGGAAUCGAUGCAUCGCUAUGGCUCUUCCACGCUCAUCAGAGUUCCGGAGGCGCCAAUCCGUACCUCAGGCUAUUGUUUUAUCGCCUUGCAAAACUGCUCAGCUUGCCCGUCCUACCUCUUUUCGUGUUCGACGGACCCAGCAGACCCACCUGGAAGCGAGGAAAGCAAGUCAAGGGUAGACAGCGUGCCAUCGAGCAGCCGUUCACACAGCUCAUAGAAGCUUUCGGUUACCAGUGGCAUCGUGCUCCAGGCGAAGCCGAGGCCGAGCUCGCCUUCCUCAACGAAGCAGGAUUCGUUGAUGCCGUGCUGACAGACGAUUCCGAUGCACUACUCUUUGGUUCCCAGACACUGAUCCGCAACUGGGGUAAGAAUCUUUCGGGGACGAAAGCGCUCGGCAGGACCACGUCUACUAGCAGCGAUGUCUUUGACGAAUCUGGACCCUCGAACCUGGGCACAGGUGCUGCAUCGGCGACGUCGAGGCUGCAACUGUCAGGAUCGGAUCGCGACCAUCUCAUCACGCUUUACAAAGCAAGCGAUCUCAGUGACGUGUCAAGGCUGGGUCUCGAUCGUGACGGUCUCAUCUUGAUUGGCCUCAUGUCCGGCGGCGACUACGACACCACCGGCUUACUGCAGUGCGGAGUCAAAAUCGCACUGGCACUCGCCCGCGGCGGAUUCGGUGCCACCUUGAUCCAGGCUUUCAAGGCCUCUUACACAGAUCAAGCGUCGACUUCCGAGACCUGCGAGAGUUUCGAGACAUUUCUCAUGACCUGGUUGGAGGAGGUACGCGAGGAGCUGCGCACCAACCAACGCGGGUAUCUUCCAUCGCGUAGACCAAAGCUCGCAUCGACCAUCGAACAGAGCUUUCUGUCAACACCGGAAUCUCGCAGAAUACUCGCUUACUACGUGUACCCGUUGACGUCUCAGAGCAAGGACAAGGACAUCGUCGACCUCAUCAGAAGUAAAACGAAAGAGCCUGACCUCACAAGGCUCGCGAGGCUGUCGCAGAUCUACUUCAAUUGGUCAAAGGAGGCCAUCCUGUCAAAAUUCCGCACGAUCCUAGGACCGGGGGUGGUCGCACGAAGACUGCGGCAGGAAGUGCUCGAGGUCACCGACGGCGAUGGAAAAGGACCUUGGGCUGCUCUUGUGGAGAGUCCUGCUAGCAAGGCUGUCCGUCAGCAUGCGCUUGGCCUCGACAAGGGUACAGCGUCAGCCUCGAUCACGACGCAGAGCACAGGCUCGAGUGCUGCAACGCAAAAGAAGCAGCGGCCUCUACACGAAAGUCCAAACGCCACUCGCAUCACUGACUUUUUCGCCAAAGCUGCAAUCGACAAGAGCGCUCGGAUGCCGACACCAUCGGCGCGGCCCGACAAUCGUUCCGCACCGUCUCAUGCCACCUCCGUUGCUAUCCUUGCUAUGAAGAUGCAACGCAGACAUGCGGCCCUCGUGCCCUUUCUGGACUAUCGCGUCCUUGUGGCGAUGGAAGAAUUCGCUCAACUGGCCGAGGCAGGGAUCGAUGCUACUUUGGACGCGGACCUCGCAGCUAGGCGGGCACAAAACGACGACUCCGACUCGGAAGUUUUCGCGGAUGCAGAGGAAGAGCCGGCCACAACUUUGAGGUCCGGAACAGUGAGCAAGAGGCCUGACCCGGCGUCGCCGCUGUUGAUGUGGAUCCCCGAGCCCUUCCUGGAGUUGAGUGCGAGUGGAGCUGCGCCGCUCAAGGCCUAUCUCAAAGAGGUCGAGAAGAAAGCUGAUGCGGUACGGGCGAAGGAAGCGAGAAAAACUGUUGCGACGAACGCGAAGGGAAGACAAAAUCAGACGACAUUGACAUCGUUUGUCAAGCCCGUUGCGAAGCCUUCGCUGGCAUGCCAGCAGAUCAAGACCGUGCACAAAGCCGUACCAAGCGCAACAAAGUCAAGCUUGACGCGGCCAACGACGGAGAGCGUGCCCGUCCCACCUCGAACACCGAGACAGCUCAGAGUACCUAGUGGAAUGCAACGAGGGCUGAGACGGACCGAGUCUGUCCCUGUUCCCGUCGUCACCGCCGGCGCAGCCAGUGCGUCCUUUGCAGCACCAGCCCUAGCACCGCGUCGAGGGUUUGAGAGAUACACAUCGCUACCCAACGUCGAUCCCGCGAUCCUGCCCUCAUCUGACGUAGCCGCCGACGAAGAUUGGGAUUCGAGCAUCGAGUUCCUCGGAGCCUUCGUCUCGGACCGCACCGCUUGCGCUGGAGAAAGACACAGUCGUCCCACGACCCCUUCGUGCAACACGGAUGAUCAACAGGAAAAUCGACCAAGCAAGUCGCCACGAAAGCACCGUACAGCUGAACCCCGCUCGCUUUUCAACGAAAACGGCACAGAGCUGCGUUCUGGUCAAUGUGCUCUUGCCGAACCCUCAUAUGGCGAUGACGAUGAGGCACUCCGAGGAGGGAGCGAACGCGAAGCGCAAAAGACAGGCGUGAGCUCGUUCGGCGCAGAUUUGGCUAAGAUGGCGCAGAGACAAGCAGCGAAACCGAGGAUCUCGAGUAUCACCAUCAGCGACGGCUCCUCUGACGAAGGCCUUUGA